CAAUGGCAGCCCAGCUUCUAGGCAAGGUCAGCCAAUGAGAGUGCGGCAGCGGAGCAGAGCCAAUCGGAAGAGAGAGGCGGAGCGGAGGCGUCGGAGGGCAACCGGAAGCGGAGGCAGUAGAGGGAGUGGAGAGCGCGUGGGGAGCAGCGGGGCCAUGGGACUGGGGAGAAAGAAGGGACAGGGACCGGGACCGGGACCGGGAAAGGGAAAAAGAAAGGGACAAGGACUGAGACCGGGACAUGGAAAGGAACAGGGACCGGCCCCCGGGAAGGGGCCGGCCGCCGCCACGCCACGCGGCAGGAAGGAGAAGGCGUUGGUCAACCUGAAGCCCAAGCACCCCGACGAACAGGAAAUCCCCUUCCGCCUGCGGGAGCUCAUGCAGAGCCGUGAGGCUAUGAAGCACCCCAAAGCCCGGGCAAGGCGGGCAGCAGAGAAGCCACAGCGUCCCCAGGGGACCGAGGCACAGGAGGACAUCCCUGUGCCCAGGUUCCGUCGGCGCAGAGGGGAGUCGGAGCGCUCCUACGUGUGCCGCAUGGAGCGGGAGGUGCAGCAUGUGCUGGUCCUCAGCAAGAACCAGGUGCAACGGGAGCCUGAGAAGGAGGCAGCAGCACCGCAGAAGUCUCAGAGAAAGAAAGAGUUUCAGAACAAGAAGCUGGACAAACUGCGGAAGAAGAAGGAGGAGAAGAAAGAGGCUUUGCUGGAGAAGAGCCUGUUCCAAGACCCAGUGGCAUUCGGUGAAGUCGUGACAGAGCCACCCACCAUCACCUCACGGCCCCGCAGUGGGGGUCCCACUGAGAAGGCCGGUCGGAAGCGGCUCCUGCUCACACCUCACCUGGGCCAGAGCCGGGCAGCCCCCACUGUGCCAGUAUCACUGGCUCGUCAGCGCAUCGUGCAGGAGGAGCGAGCGCGUGUCAUCCAGGCCUACCGGGACAUCCAGAGGCGCAAGCAGCAGCAGCGGGACGCGGCACGGGGAGGCACCCAGCCUAGCAGUGGGGUACCAGGCUGAGCCCACCUGUCCCAGUGAGGGAAUGCAACCCCUGGACCCCCGUGUGGAGCAGCGUUUGGAUUGUACUGCCCUUGUGGCGAUCAGCUGGGCGCACAGGCAGCAAUGGGGACAUGAAACCCUGGGACUCAGUGGGGACUGUUCCCACUUUGCUGCCAGUACAGAGACCUGUGCCCUUCCCAGCACCUCGGAGUGGGCACCCUACAGAAGGCAGGGGCAUACCUAUGAGGUUAUGGGGCCACGGACCUGUUGUAGUAAAAGUGCUGAUAAAUGCUGA